CGUUCCAUGUGAAUGAAUACGAUAAAGUAGAAACCAGUUUGACAGGCAAUUACUCUCUUCAUCAGGUACCAUAAGAACAGUCAGCAACUUUUUGCGUGCUGUUUUCUGGUUUGGACUUACAGCAGGAGCAUUCACAAGAUGACGUUAAAUACAGGGGGUCGCAGGCUGAAGCAAUGGCUUGUUGAGCAGAUCAACAGCAACCAGUACCCCGGGCUGCUGUGGGAGGAUGAGAGUCGGACCAUGUUCCGAAUACCAUGGAAACACGCUGGGAAACAGGACUAUAACCAAGAAAUCGACGCUUCCAUCUUCAAAGCUUGGGCUGUAUUCAAGGGUAAGUUUAAGGAGGGGGAUAAGGCUGAACCUGCCACUUGGAAAACCAGGCUCCGCUGCGCUUUGAACAAAAGCCCAGACUUCGAGGAGGUGACUGACCGUUCGCAACUGGACAUUUCCGAACCUUAUAAAGUCUACAGAAUUGUACCAGAGGAGGAGCAGAAGAUCUCAGCAGGUAAAGGUACAUUAGCAGCUAUGAACAUGGGUUGCUCCAGUGAAGUGACAGACAUGGAAUGCAGUCCAGCAGAGCUAGAGGAGCUUAUUAAAGAUGUCAAUCAGUGUUCCAGUGAUGAAUACAUGGGCCUCAUCAAAAGAAGUCACUCUCCCCUAGAAGACACUUGUAACAUGCAGCCAACUCAAGAGUGGUGGCACCAGGACUCUCACAAUGUGUUUCCAGUGCACCCAGAUGUUGCACCACUUGGUUCUCUCAACUAUGCCUUCUCCAACAUGCUGAUCUCGUUCUAUUAUGCUGGGAAGCCCAUGGGCAGCUUGGUGACCACCCACCCCGAAGGCUGCCGUAUCUCGCCCUGUCAGCCUCCAGCUAGCAGCCUGAUCUAUGGCGGGGACAGCCUGCAGAACAUCCGCUUCCCGUCAACGGAACACAUCGAGAACGAGCGCCAGCGGCAGGUGACCCGCAAGCUCUUAGGGCACCUGGAGCGUGGCGUGCUGUUGCGGGCCAACCGCGAGGGCAUCUUCAUCAAGCGCCUGUGCCAGAGCCGCGUGUUCUGGAGCGGGCUGGGCGCCCACUACAGCCCCGGGCCCUGCAAGGUGGAGCGGGACGCUGUCAUCAAGAUUUUUGACACAGGCCGGUUCUUCCAAGCACUUCAGAUGUACCAAGAGGGCCAGUGCCCGGCCCCUGACCCCACAGUCACUCUGUGUUUUGGAGAGGAGUUUCAUGACCUCAGCACGGCCAAGAGUAAAUUAAUCAUUGUUCAGAUCACUGCAGUGAAUUGCCAGCAGCUACUGGAAGCAAUGAAUGACCUUUGCAGCUACAGCCUUCCCCAACACCCUGCCUGUUUCCGAGACAACCUGGCUAUUACUGCCUAGGCUCAAACACUGACCACCAGCAGCUACCAGUGGAAGAAGAGGAGCUGGCACAUUGUUCUUUUUUAAGGAUCAUUUUGCAAACAUUUUCCAAGCAUUAAUGAUGAACUGUUCAUAUGCACUCAAAGCAUUAGUACCGUCGGGAAAUAUUGAUAGCAGAGCAUCACGGGUCUCAAAAGAGCAGCUAUAUAUUAAUGAAACUUGGUGGAGAGUUGUGGCUUAGGAAAGAACCCAUCGAUUUGGUAAUCCAAUUUUUCGGAUCCACACCAACAUUUAAUGGGUUCUUUCUUGGUCCAUUAGGUUUCAAACUUGCUAAUGCAUCUCAGGUUUUAUAAUUAUUAUUAUUAUAAUAUUCAUGAAGCAACUAAACUAUUUUUGCAUUGCAUUAUCCAGCAAAUACAUGCUUAAAGUUUAGGUACAUUAGGUAGGUAAGUUUAGGAUGCUUUUUCUGUAACACUUUUAUCAUGCCAAACUUUGCCAAUGUAAAAUAUAUCAGCCGUAUUGAGCCUCUUUGAGUCUACAGAAGUUCCAUACCUUUAGUAUGAGUAAAUGUUCAAAUGCAUUUUGUCAAAUCUAAAUGGAUAGGUUUUACUAUCUCGUGUUUUUUUCUGUCAGUAUUACUGAAAUAAAGAACUUUAUCUUUCUCA